AUGCAUUCCCUCGAGGCAAUGGUCUUGGGGUGGCUAGCAUUGGUGGUAUCCACGUUGGUCAACGCCACCGAUUACUUAGACGACUACGCGUCGAUGGACUACACAGAUGAAACGGAGGCCGACUACAACGCUACAAAUUGCACCAAUAUUUACUGCGUUUCGAACGAGGAGUACGUGGACCGUAUGAUGAAUUAUAUAUUUCCCAAGUUUUGGGACUGGGUACUGAUCGCGUCGCACAGCAUCGUUUUCGUGGUCGGACUAAUCGGGAAUGCCCUGGUCUGCAUCGCGGUUUACAGGAAUCAAUCGAUGAGAACAGUGACGAAUUAUUUUAUCGUCAAUUUAGCCGUAGCUGACUUCCUAGUUCUGUUACUUUGUCUUCCCUUCACCGUGCUUUGGGACAUCACGGAAACCUGGUUCCUAGGUUUGACUCUGUGCAAAGCUGUGCCAUAUCUCCAGACAGUGUCCGUGACCGUGAGCAUAUUGACCUUAACUUUUAUAUCGAUAGAUCGAUGGUACGCGAUAUGUUUUCCUCUGAGGUUCAAGUCAACCACUGGACGAGCAAAAAAUGCAAUCAUCGGAAUUUGGGCGGUAGCCCUUCUAUUUGAUAUUCCGGAUCUCGUGGUGUUGCAUACCGUCCCACCAACGCACAUCAAAGUAAACACCAUUUUAUUCACGCAGUGCGAUAUAUCCUGGAGUCAAAAGAGCCAGAUCACCUUCACAAUCAUGAAACUAAUUUUCCUUUAUACCGGACCUUUGAUCUUCAUGAGCGUAGCAUAUUGGCAGAUCGUUAAAGUCCUUUGGAGAAGCGACAUUCCAGGACAUAACUUACCUUCAAGGUCAUCCCAGACGAGUCGUGCUGCAUCAACUGGUGGCAGGAAUCCGGAAGUGCAUCUGAGGUCUCGACGAAAAGCAGCAAAAAUGUUAGUCACGGUGGUCAUCACUUUUGCCAUUUGCUAUUUCCCUGUUCAUUUGCUCUCCGUUUUAAGGUAUACCACCACGUUACCAUCGAACAAGUGGAUAAACGCCGUCAGCUUAAUCGCGCACGGCCUAUGCUAUUUCAAUAGCGCGGUUAAUCCACUGAUUUACAACUUCAUGAGCGGAAAAUUUCGGAAGGAGUUUAGACGUACAUUUCGGUGUACUCAAGAGGAUAAUUCUCGUAUACAACGCGGAUAUCUUGCAAGCACGUCUAAUCUUCCUCGAGUUAAAUCACGGACUACUACGAUACGAACAACUGUCAAGAAUAAUAAUAAUCCUCAACGAAAUACCGAAAUUAUACCUCUCAGUGCGAUAACCAGCAUUCAACAAAAUGAGAAACACGACUGAUCGUAAACGUAUGUAAAUGCGAAAUGAUUAUAGCUAUUAAACGCGCA